AUGGGAAGAGAAAUCAUUCGUGAACAGUCACCAGAGAAGCCUGAGAAACGUAAUAGAUUAUGGCUUUACAAUGAUGUGUUGGAAGGAACAAUAUCUAUCAAAGGACUAGCUUUAAAUAUAUCAAGGAACAACUCAUUAUACUUGAAUGCUAGAACGUUUAAGAAGAUGAAGAGGCUUCGCUUGCUUCAACUUGAUAAUGUACAACUUACAGGAGACUAUAGUCAUUUAUCAACAAAUUUAAGAUGGCUUUGUUGGCAUGGGUUCCCCUUAGAAAGCUUGCCAGUGAACUUCAAUCUAGAAAAUAUAAUUGCCAUUGACUUAAAGUGGAGUAAUCUUGUGAAAGUAUGGGAGAAAAGUCAGGGAUGGAAUGAUGGUAGGCUUGACUUUUCUCUUCCAAUAGACAAUUAUCCAGAUUGGCUAGUUUUUGUAAAUGAAUUAUCUUCAGUAUCAUUUAAAGUUCCUCACCUUGUUGGCCAUCGCUUAAAAGGAGUGGUCCUCAAUAUUAUCUAUUCCUCUCUUCAAGAUAGCAUGGCAUCUGUACCUUCUGUUGGUAUUAUGAUAAAGAAUUUCACAAAGGCUACCAUGUAUUUCUAUGAACGAAAAGUUGCAACCACUUCUACUGAUGAUGAAUGGCAAAACAUAGUAUCUAAUUUGGAGCCUGGAAAUGAGGUGGAAGUUGAAAUUAAGUUUGCAUAUAAAUAUAUUGUGAUCAAGAAGACUACAAUCUAUCUACUAUAUGUUCAAGAAGCUAACAAGCUGAUCACAUCUGAAUAA